UAUACAAAAAUAUACGCCUCACCUCACAUCAGCUCACAGCUGCAGCUGUGCCGAGAUCGCUAUAUAUAUUUUGGCUUCGCGAUUUCUUUCUACUGCAGUGUUUACAGGUAGCAUUUCACUGUUCUAAAGGUCGUAAACUUUAUCGCUCAGAAACAGAUUAGGUAUUCCAGAGCCGUUUUUGCUAAUUUUGUUGUCAAGGACCGGUCGAGAGAAAGUUUAGUGUUUUUGGUGCUGCAGUUAAAAGAAAAAAAGAAAGAAAAAUAUUGAGCACCAUUGCAAGUCGGUGUAUAAACAUAACCUGCCCCAGGUGUCUGCAGUGGUCCAUGAAUCAUUUCGUGAACAUCCGAUAGACUGAUACGUUAUUCUCGAACAAUAAUCUAAUCGAGAUGCUUCUGAUCCACUCGGUCAGGCUAAAGCUGUGAGUGAAAUAGACAUGUCGCUGGCUAGACGUUGGCUCUAGCGGUCGUGACCUUUGCGCAGAUAUUAUUCGCAGAUCCGCCCACCCUGUCUACGUGGUAUAAUUCGGACUUGCCUCAGGGCGCGAGUGAAGUGGCUAGCGCGCGAGAUAAGCAUCCGAACAGAAAAAUGAAGUGCAACGAGAAGAAUAUGAUAGCCUUUGCGACGUCAUCGACGCCGGUGGAUCGCGAGGGUUGGCUCAACAAACGAGGAGAGGUGAAUAGAGGAUACCAGAGAAGAUGGUUUGUGCUUAAAGGGAACAUUCUAUUUUACUUUGAUCGUCGAGGGGACAAAGAACCUGUGGGUAUGAUAGUGCUUGAGGGCUGUACAAUAGAGCUGGCUGAAGACGAGGAGCAGUUCGGAUUUAAAAUUGUCUUUCAUGGGCCUAAUAACAGAAGUUACAUUCUUGGAGCUGAAUCUCAGGAGUCAAUGGAGCAGUGGAUGAAAGCCUUGGCCUGUGCUAGCUAUGACUACAUGAAAUUGAUGGUUGCAGAAUUGCAGAGGCAAUUAGAUGCUGCUGAGGAGGAAACUACAGUCACUCCACCUGCAGAAUUACCCAAACCGCCGCCUAGGCAGCGGCAUAAUCCAUUUAAUAGGCCAGAGUCACAUCACAGAUCCCAGAGCGUUAGGUCAGCACCAGGUAGAACAGAAAAUAUACCUAGAACUAAAGUGUCCUUUAAAGAUAUUCACAACAUGUAUGGAAGGAAAAUCCUAGCUGAUCUCAAUAAAUGGAGGCACGCCAAGAGAAAUUCAGAAGCCCCAUUGAUAAUUCUGUGACCAUAAAACUUUGUACAUAUCUAAACCGUUAACAACGACUCUCUAAGAUAAUUAUUUUUUCAUGACUGUCAUAUUUUAGUGCUACUUAGUUAAGGUCCAUUUAUUUAUUGUAUUUAAUGGAAGACUUGACUGGCUUCAAUUUUCCAAGUGUUGAUAUUGAUAUAAACUUGCUUCUACGAUGAUUUAAAUUAAUAUACAGACCUUUCAUGGCUUGCCAAGGUAUUAUGAUAAAUGAAAUUAUAUUGAUUACAUGAUAGUAUUUUAAAAAUCUUUAUUUUCUAUUGUAUUUAGUGUAACGAAAUAAUCAAUUAAACAGCCAGCUGUGUUAAAAUAAAGUUAAUGCGGAACUGUAAAAAAAUACAUAAUUAAAUUCACUUGAAUCCAAA